UAUUUAAAGUCCUCUACAAAUGGAAUGAUUCCAUUAUGACUUUUCUUACAGAUGCCCAUUCCAAGAAAGCACAAAUGUCCAACAGCAGUUCCAUCAGCUACUUCCUCCUGCUGGCAUUGGCAGACACGCGGCAGCUGCAGCUCCUGCACUUCUGCCUCUUCCUGGGCAUCUCCCUGGCUGCCCUCCUGGGCAACGGCCUCAUCAUCAGCGCUGUAGCCUGCGGCCACCACCUGCACACGCCCAUGUUCUUCUUCCUGCUCAACCUGGCCCUCAGUGACCUGGGCUGCAUCUGCACCACUGUGCCCAAGGCCAUGCACAAUUCCCUCUGGGACACCAGGAACAUCUCCUAUGCAGGAUGUGCUGCACAGCUCUUUAUUCUUGUCUUCUUCCUUGGAUCAGAGCUUUCCCUCCUGACCAUCAUGUGCUAUGACCGCUACGUGUCCAUCUGCAAACCCCUGCACUAUGAGACCCUCCUGGGCAGCAGAGCUUGUGCCCACAUGGCAGCAGCUGCCUGGGCCAGUGCCUUUCUCAAUGCGCUGCUGCACACGGCCAAUACAUUUUCCCUGCCCCUGUGCCAUGGCAAUGUGCUGGGCCAGUUCUACUGUGAAAUCCCACAGAUCCUCAAGCUCUCCUGCUCCAAAUCCUAUUUCAGGGAACUUGGACUCCUUGCUGUUAUUACUUGUUUAGGACUGGGCUGUUUUAUGUUCAUUGUUUUCUCCUAUGUGCAGAUCUUCAGGGUUGUGCUGAGGAUCCCCUCUGAGCAGGGACGGCACAAAGCCUUUUCCACCUGCCUCCCUCACCUGGCCGUGGUCUCCCUUUUUGUCCUUACUGCCACAUUUACCUAUCUGAAGCCCCCCUCAGUCUUCUCCCCAUCCCUGGAUCUGGUGGUGUCAGUUCUGUACUCGGUGGUGUCUCCAGCCCUGAACCCGCUGAUCUACAGCCUGAGGAACCACGAGCUCCAGGCUGCAAUGAGGAAAUUGAUAACUGGAAUAUUUCAGAAACACUAA